AUGCCGCUGCAUCUCCUGGGGAAAAAGUCAUGGAACGUUUACAACCCCGAGAAUGUCGCCCGUGUCAAACGAGACGAGGCUCAAGCGAAGGCCCUCGAGGAGGAGGAUGAGCGUCGCAUGCAGGAAGUGGAUGCCGAGCGGCGAAUUCGAAUAUUGCGCGGAGAAAGAGUGCCAACACCUCCUCCACCGCCCCCCGCGCGCCUUCCAUCGGAGGCUUCCACUCGACGAGAUCGAACAUUAACUGAUGAUGCUGGAAGGUCCCGCAAAAGAAGGCGCGUUGCCGGAGAGGACGAUACUGAUAGAGACAUACGAUUCGCCAGAGAAGAUGCAGAGCAAGCUAGUAUCAAACGGGAAGAAUUAACAACCGCGGCCCUUAAGAAAAACAAGUCAGAAGCCCCCAUUCUAGACCGCGACGGUCAUAUCAACCUCUUCCCUACAGAAGGGGACAACAAGAAGCCGGAGAAAAACAAAGAAGCCGAAGCGGAGGCACAGAAAGAAAAGCGGAGCUACGAAGAUCAAUACACCAUGCGCUUCUCCAAUGCGGCAGGCUUCAAACAGUCAAUCGGUCAAAAACCUUGGUAUUCAUCUUCAACAGAAGCAGUGGAAGCCCCAGACCUGACCUCAAAGAAUGUUUGGGGCAAUGAAGAUCCCAUGCGUAAAGAACGAGCAAAAGCCAGGAUGGAUGCCAAUGAUCCUCUUGCGAUUAUGAAACGCGGUGUUCGGCAGUUGAAAGCGACGGAGCAAGAGCGUAAACGGUGGAAUGAAGAGAAGAGAAGGGAGCUUGAAGCACUCAGAUCCGAGCAAGGAAGUCGAGAUCGCCGGAGCCAUCAGCGACGAAAGCGAUCAAGGUCCGUUGAUAGCCUUGAGGGGUUUAAACUCGACUCGCCAGCUGCCAAAGACCAAGAUGAAUCCCACCGAACUUCGCAGCGGAGCCAUCGUCGCCCCCAUCACCACCGAGAACGGAGUCGCGAUAGACACCGGGAUAGUUCAUCUCGCCGGUCCCAUCACUCUUCGGGUCGUACUCAUCGCCGGCGCGAUGAAACCAAGGGAACCCAUCGCUCCUAG